AUGUAUAAAAUGUCCGAGACGCAUGAGACUCAUGCCAAAAGAGAAGUCCCUUAUGCGCGUAGCCUUUUGUUCUUUUGCGACCGUCCCAACGGUGGUGACGUGCUGUCUUCGGCUCUUUGUGGAGAAAAACAAGCGCCGUGGCACACUCCCUGCCGCCGUCGCGCUCCCGGCGACGUGCUCCCCGGCGGCGAGUGCUUCCACGCACCUCCACAGCACUGCUCCCCGCGACGCAUCUCCCAGCAGUCGCGGCUUUCCCGGCGGAUUGAUCCAAAGAGUGCGUGUAGAGUAGAGAUCAAUGUCAAUGGUUACUUCACUGUGCGGGGUGGUAGAAAGGAGUAUAAUCGGGGCAGGACAGUAAGCUGGGUUGUUGAUUCAGAAAAGUACACAGUCAUUGAUCUGGAGAAAGAUAUUGCUCCGUAUUUUACAUGGGGCAGCGAUCAACAGGCCAACUUCUGGGUUGUAACGGCGGGGAAUACUAUGACAUCCAAGUUGUCUUCAGAUGUUCAGCUUCUUGAUUUGUUAAGGGCAUCAGAAAUAGUGAAAUUGUUUAUGGUAGUGGGUACACGCGAGCAAAAUAUUACUGAGGAGGAGAUGCCUGCUGCAGUUCACAUAGAAGAUGAUGUGAUUCCUACUGCAAUGAACAUAGGAGAGGAGGUGAACCUCACUGCAAUUGAUAGUGAUUUGGAUGUACUAGAUGGAGGGUUUACAUGGGCGAUGAUGAGGUGCGAGAAAAGAAAGAGGGCAAGAACUAUUCCGAAAAUUAGAGAAUUUGAUACUGAAACUGUUCUUGAUGAUGAGGCUACCAUUCGUAAUGAUUUUUUUGUGCCUCAUACAUCACAUGAUAAGGAGAAUCCAAUCAUUAAGGUGGGAGACACAUUUAUUGACAAGGAUGCUUUUGUUUACAAUAUCAAACAAUAUGCCAUCAAAAAUCAGUUUGAGACUAGGCUUGAACAUAGUGACAAAGAAAGAUUCUCGAAAACCUGCACUCAUGCAAUAGCUCUAUUUGGAAAAGUAAGGCACCUUAACAUUGAAAACUUUGUGGAUGACUACUAUUCACUAGAGAGGUUCAAGGCACCUACCACUUUGUGGUCACCCCAAUGGGUGACAAGACUCAAUGGCCAAAAUUUGAUCCCUGGGUUUAAAAUGAUUCCUCCAAAGCUAGAAAGACUCACAGGUAGACCAAGGAAGAAAAGAAUUAAGGCUAGUGGAGAGGCAGGGAAAAGAGGCCCAUAUCAAUGCAAAAGGUGUUUUCAGUUUGGACACAUAGAAAAAGGUUGUAAUGCUACUCAAGCUGAAUUAGAACAAGAGCUUCCACCACCUCGUCCAAAAACUUCCAAAAGGAAAAGGAAAUCCAAGUCUGAAAUUGAGUCAUCCGCUAAUGAUCCACAAGUGACUCCCGGCACCAAGUGCAACAACAACUAG